UCGAGAUCGAGAUGCUAUUAAGUACGCGCAUGUUUAUUUUAUUGGCUUUAGUUGACAUCUCAGUAGCACUAGUACCGAAUGUGACAAACAUAGAUGAAGUUAAGAACGAUUUAGGAGUAGUAGAAACAAGGAGAAGAGGAAAUAGGAAAAGAGGAAAGAAAUAUAGAUCAACAUCAUCAGAAGAAACUCGAUUGGUAAGACGCAGCAGCACCUCAGGCGAUGACGAAAGCCUCGAACUGUCAUCGCAUGAUACAUCAACGAGCUCGUCAGAAGAGAAAAGGACACCAAAGUCUUCCAUGGAAAGGAGAGGCUGGAGAAAAUGGCACAGAAAAUGCGAGAGCUGUCCAGAAGACAUGGCGAAGAAAUGGCGAGAUCCAACUAUUAAAUGGCUAUGCGGUGGCUACCAGCGAGCGAGGAGAUCUUUCAAGAGCGAAUGUAUGAUGCAUUACAGGAAUUGUCAGGAUGGUACCAUGUUCGUGAAAAUCCACGACCAUAGAUGCGCGAACGAUACUGCGAGGGAUGGUAUACGUCGAGGAAUCCACUUCUUUUACGACUACAAAGCCCAUCUGAGUGACGACUCCACGCGCAGCAUCAGCUCCAGCUCAGGGUCUGACAGCAGCAGCUCGGGUGACUGGUAGAGCUCAACGAAUAAAUGUGUGAGAGGUACAUACGAAUAAACGUUUCGUGUCGGCA